AUGGGCGGUGGUGUGCUACCGGUACUGCUGGUGGUGUGGAUGGGAGGGGGCGGCGUCGCGGCGGGUGGCACUCGUGGCACUGGUACGGGUACUGGUACCACUAGUACUAGUGGUGCGCUUUACGAGAUGCUGGACAUGUGCGUCGCUGGUUUCGCGGGCUUGCUCCACGUGAGGGCGGAGGUGAAGACUUUGGAUCUACAGACCUUCUCCUCGGCCCUCGCCGGCAUUGCCUGCGAGCCCAUCACCACCACGGAUGACGUCCGCCGUCCCUACGCCGUCGGAAGCGACACCUUCACCGACUAUGCGAGCGCGGCGGUCAGGACGUGCAAUAAUCAGAAGAAUAAGUGCGCCGAGGUCGCGAAUCAGGGCGGAGGUGGGAGCCCGGUAACCUUGGAGGAUUGCAAUGAGCAGGAGGGUGAGUGUCAUUUCUUUGCGUUCCUCCUUGCUCUGAUGGCCUUUUCUCGCUCUUGUUUGUGGGAGAGGGGGUGGAGGGUGGAGGGAUGGGACGGCUAUGCGAGAAGAACAGAUGGGAAAGCAAAGAAGAUGAAGAGGAAAAAAGAAAGGGGGAAGGGCAGUGCAGCAGCAAGAGGAGUAAUGGGAAGAAGAGAGCCAGAGGGAGAGAAAAAAAAAUGCACGAGCAACGCCGUCACCACCGACCCGUCUACCAUCGGCGUGGCACCUCCACCGCAAGCGACACCUGCACCACCCAGCCGCAGCUUCGUGGAAGAAGCAUCGCCGAUAUCCCCUCCCCCUUCUUCGCCUCCUGCGGCCGACCCUCCUACUGUUGACUCUCCUACUGCUGACUCUCCUGCGGCCGACCCUCCUGCUGCCGAACGUCCUUCUGGCAACUCUCCUGCUGCCGAACGUCCUUCUGGCAACUCUCCUGCUGCCGACCCUCCUGCUGCCCACUCUCCUGCUGCCGACCUCCUGCUGCCGACCCUCCUGCUCACAAUCCUCCUGCUGCCGACUCUCCUGCUCACAACCCUCCUGCUCACAACCCUCCUGCUGCCGACCCACCUGCUCCCGUCCUUCCUGCCCCUCCGAACAGGUUGGCGAGCGCAGAGUUGUUGA